AUGAGGUUAUCGGUUUGCGCAUUGGACGCUAUAAAUGUGCGCAUUCUGGUGGUGCAGCUCACGGGUGACAAACUAAACGUUGUCGCAAGCUGUGCGUUGGAGUAUCAAACACUACCCGCUGUGUAUGAAAGUCGUGCUCGUGCAGAAGAGCAGCGGAAUGAAGCAACCAGUUGA